UAAGCGGCAGCGUGAGGUGAAUAGAGACAGUCAGCUAGAGGCGCUGGGGAGAGAGCUGGGACUGCGAGCCUGUCUGCUGCGGCAGCGGAGGAGGGCGGCUGGGGAGACGCUACUCCAACUGUUGAAUUGAAUUUUCACCUUUCAUUUCCUCCGACGCUUUGCUUGCGGAGAUGGAUUUAUUUGCUUUGCAAUCCACGCGUCUUUCGUAGAUUGUGAGCUGAUAUUGACAGGCAUCCGAUUGACAGAGACCACCCCUGAACAAAAAAAAAAAAAGGAGAAAAAAAAAAGAACCCUGCACAAUUAACUAUGCACACCGGUGCUGGACUUUGUGAAUAAAGAACAUUCAGAGGAAAAUCUUGAACUAUGAUGCGGGGCUCUGCUGUGAACAGCUAAAAGCCACUGGAAUCCUGCCCCCCCUCAAUACUUUGGAAGAUUUUGGGGGUGUCUCAAGCCUAAUCAAGAGGAAAGGUUUUUUCUUUUUCUUUUUCAUAAAUAAAUACACCUAGCAAAAUAAACGUCUUGUUUUCCAGAACCUCGGACUCCAGCAGAAAGAGGUAGAGUAAAAGUGCUGCUGGAUUCAGCUUCACCUCCUCCUUCUCUCCCUCCCCCCUUCUAUCGCUUUUGCCCCCCACCUUCCCUCAUUUCUCCCAAACAUGAAUCUGGCUUUUAUUUCUAUAGAGUGAGUCAGAGAAAGCGUUAGGAAGAAGCUGCAACUAAUGUCUGUGAAGGCAGGACCGUGAGGCGAGAGUGAAUAGGAUUCGUUCCGCUGCUUCUGACUCAUCCGGCAGAUCAGAACACCUGCAUUUCUGAAUGUGUCAUUCCCGUCUAUCCAGGCGCUUGGAGACCCCGAAAUAAUGUGUAGCUGUACCCGUGCCUAACAGCCCUUUGGAGGUGGCUCCCCGAGGUGGAAGCCUCUGGCCGGACCGCAGUUCCUCAUUCCCCUGGCCUCCCCGGGGCGCCCAGAGAGACUGUGUACGAGCGAGACUGCAGAAUGCAUCACGACAAACCUUGAUGUGCCUCUCUUACAUCCAGCCCACUCCUCCUACUAUUAAAGGGGGACAAAAUUGAAGGGAGAAGGCACCACGCACUCUUUUCGAUUCAAAUAUUCGCCACUUUUAUUUCACGCCAAGGUUUUCCUUUCUAGAUGAAGAGGACUGGGAGGCAGGGCCAUUGGAAAGAGAUGCUGAAUAGAAAGAAAAGAGAGGCACUUGACGGCCCAGCCCUAUGAAUGCAGAGACUGUUUCCCUUCUAGCGAGAGACAGGGAGAGUGUGUGCUAGGACUUGGGGAGGGCGACUCCCCCCUCCUUUAUUUCUCCUCCUCCUCCUCCUCCUCCUCCCCCUCCUAAUCUGCACAUCCAACCAUGAGUUGCCUGUUGAUUUCCUUUCGCCGGGGAAGAGCAGCAAACUGGAAUUAAACUGCAUCGGGAGCAGUCCUUGCUCGGCCGGGAGAGGAUGGGAUGGUAGCGACUGCUUGUGAUUUGGCGUAGGGAAAUCAGAGUGCGUGUUGUACGAACAGAGGCGGAGAGAGAGCUGUGUGUGUCCCCCCUCGCCCCCGCCCCCCUCGCCUCCCUAUAGACUCACGCCGCAAAUGCUGAUCAGGCUGUGGCUUUCCUGACUUCGGGGGAGAGCCUUUUCCGAGGAAGAGAGGGAGGAGCCUGCUGGAGGGAGGAAACUACAAAUCGGGACACUAGUUCUUUGCGCUGCAUUUCCUCCCCUCCCUUUUGGCUGCUCGGAAAGGAGAGAGCUAGCAAGAAAGAGAGAGAGAGAGAGAGAUCGAAAGAGAGAGAGGGGGGAAGGAGGAAGGGAGGCAGGCAGGCAGAGAAAAUACGCUUGGCUGGGAGAUGCAGUCCGCCGCCGCCGUUGCCUCCACCGGCAAUGUAAGAUUAGAUCUCUAAAUGCAGCAAAACACUGCCUGAAAAAAAAAAAAAAAAAAGAACAGAACAGAACAGCCCGCAAAGCGAGCAGACGUUUCAACCGGGCUGCGGGAAGAACCGAAAUCUCUCGGACUCUCUCUCCGUGACUCCCCAUCCCCAUCAAUUUCGCCACCCGGGCGGAGGAACAACUAAGGAUUUCACUUUCAGAUCUGCCUGGAGACACACCUCCCCGCUCCCUCCCCCACUGGAUGGGAAGCGUGUUCCGGAGCCUCCGGGCGGGAGCGGAUUUUGCAGCGCCCUAGCGGGAGCCGGGAAAACCUACAGAUUCUUCAGCUCCUUCUGCUGGCUCCCAGACGCGAUUUCCUCCUCAUCGCCGGCUUCAUCUUCUCAAGUUUCAGUCGCCCGAAGUCAGCGCCCGAGAGACAAAGCCCCCCCACCCCCGCCCGGACUCGUCCCCAGCCGCAGGGAGCCGCCGCCUUCCUCAGUGCUCCUGCAGCUUCGCUGCGCCGCUCCUUGCCCCCCCACACCAGUGCGGAUGCUGUAGAUCAACAGGUUCGGGGAACUUGAGCGGAAUAAGGCGAGCACAGCCGGUGCCGCAGCCCGGGAUCCGAAGGCAGGAAGGACAGACGGACUUGCGAUCGGCCUCUCGCUGAAGCCGCGCUCGGGCCCCGAAGCUGGCGCGCUCCCACCCGCUCGCCUCUCCCGUCCGGCUGCUCCUGCCCCCACCCCACCGGUCUGGGAUGUACCUUUCCAUCUGUUGCUGUUUUCUCCUCUGGGCCCCUGCCCUGACGCUUAAGAACCUCAACUACUCCGUGCCGGAGGAGCAGGGGGCCGGCACGGUCAUCGGCAACAUCGGCAAAGAUGCUCGACUGCAGCCGGGGCUUCCGCCCGCGGAGCGCGGCGGCCCGGGCGGGCGAAGCAAGUCGGGCAGCUACCGAGUGCUGGAGAACUCAGCGCCGCACCUGCUGGACGUGGACGCCGACAGCGGGCUCCUCUACACCAAGCAGCGCAUCGACCGCGAGUCCCUGUGCCGCCACAACGCCAAGUGCCAGCUGUCCCUCGAAGUGUUCGCCAACGACAAGGAGAUCUGCAUGAUCAAAGUGGAGAUCCAAGACAUCAACGACAACGCGCCCUCCUUCCCUUCGGAUCAGAUCGAGAUGGACAUUUCGGAGAACGCGGCCCCGGGGACCCGCUUCCCCCUCACCAGCGCGCAUGACCCGGACGCGGGCGACAACGGACUCCGCACCUAUCUGCUCACUCGCGACGAUCACGGCCUCUUUGCGUUGGAUGUCAAGUCCCGCGGCGACGGCACCAAGUUCCCGGAGCUGGUCAUUCAGAAAGCUCUGGACCGCGAGCAGCAGAACCACCACACGCUCGUGCUGACCGCCCUGGACGGGGGUGAGCCUCCCCGUUCCGCCACGGUGCAGAUCAACGUGAAAGUGAUUGACUCGAACGACAACAGUCCGGUCUUCGAAGCCCCCUCCUACCUGGUAGAGCUGCCCGAGAACGCCCCCCUGGGCACCGUGGUCAUCGACCUGAACGCCACCGACGCCGAUGAGGGCCCGAACGGAGAAGUGCUCUAUUCCUUCAGCAGCUACGUGCCAGACCGCGUGCGGGAGCUCUUCUCCAUCGACCCCAAGACCGGCCUGAUCCGGGUGAAGGGUAACCUGGACUAUGAGGAGAACGGGAUGCUGGAGAUCGACGUGCAGGCCAGAGACCUGGGGCCCAACCCUAUUCCGGCCCACUGCAAGGUCACGGUCAAGCUCAUCGACCGCAACGACAACGCGCCGUCUAUCGGUUUCGUCUCCGUGCGCCAGGGGGCGCUGAGCGAAGCCGCCCCUCCCGGCACUGUCAUCGCCCUGGUGCGGGUCACUGACCGCGACUCGGGCAAGAACGGACAGCUGCAGUGCCGGGUCCUGGGCGGAGGAGGGCCGGGCGGCGGCGGCGGCCUAGGCGGGACGGCGGGCGCUGUGCCUUUCAAGCUCGAGGAGAACUACGACAACUUCUACACCGUGGUGACCGACCGCCCCCUGGACCGCGAGACCCAGGACGAGUACAACGUGACCAUCGUGGCCCGGGACGGGGGCUCGCCGCCGCUCAACUCCACCAAGUCCUUCGCUGUGAAGAUUCUGGACGAGAAUGACAACCCUCCGCGGUUCACCAAGGGGCUGUACGUGCUGCAGGUGCACGAGAACAACAUCCCAGGAGAGUACCUGGGCUCAGUGCUCGCCCAGGACCCCGACCUGGGCCAGAACGGCACCGUGUCCUACUCCAUCCUGCCCUCGCACAUCGGCGACGUGUCCAUCUACACCUACGUGUCCGUGAACCCCACCAACGGGGCCAUCUACGCCCUGCGCUCCUUUAACUACGAGCAGACCAAGGCUUUUGAGUUCAAGGUCCUUGCUAAGGACUCCGGGUCGCCCGCGCACCUGGAGAGCAAUGCCACGGUGCGGGUGACUGUGCUAGACGUGAAUGACAACGCGCCGGUGAUCGUGCUGCCCACGCUGCAGAACGACACGGCCGAGCUGCAGGUGCCUCGCAACGCCGGCCUGGGCUACCUGGUGAGCACCGUGCGCGCCCUGGACAGCGACUUUGGCGAGAGUGGGCGCCUCACCUAUGAGAUCGUGGACGGUAACGACGACCACCUGUUCGAAAUCGACCCGUCCAGCGGCGAGAUCCGCACUCAGCACCCCUUCUGGGAAGACGUGACGCCCGUGGUGGAGCUGGUGGUGAAAGUGACGGACCACGGCAAGCCCACCCUUUCCGCGGUGGCCAAACUCAUCAUCCGCUCGGUGAGCGGCUCCUUGCCCGAGGGGGUGCCCCGGGUGAACGGCGAACAGCACCACUGGGACAUGUCGCUGCCGCUGAUCGUGACUCUGAGCACCAUCUCCAUCAUCCUCCUAGCGGCCAUGAUCACCAUCGCCGUCAAGUGCAAGAGGGAGAACAAGGAAAUCCGCACUUACAACUGCCGCAUCGCGGAGUACAGCCACCCGCAGCUGGGCGGGGGCAAGGGCAAGAAGAAAAAGAUCAACAAAAAUGAUAUCAUGCUGGUGCAGAGCGAAGUGGAGGAAAGGAACGCCAUGAAUGUCAUGAACGUGGUGAGCAGCCCUUCCCUGGCCACUUCCCCCAUGUACUUUGACUACCAGACCCGCCUGCCCCUCAGCUCGCCCCGCUCAGAGGUGAUGUAUCUCAAACCUGCCUCCAACAACCUGACUGUUCCCCAGGGCCACGCGGGUUGCCACACCAGCUUCACCGGACAAGGAACUAAUGCGAGCGAGACCCCCACCACUCGGAUGUCCAUUAUUCAGACAGACAAUUUUCCCGCAGAGCCCAAUUACAUGGGCAGCAGGCAGCAGUUUGUUCAAAGUAGCUCCACGUUUAAGGACCCAGAAAGAGCCAGCCUGAGAGACAGUGGGCACGGGGACAGUGAUCAGGCUGACAGUGACCAAGACACUAACAAAGGCUCCUGCUGUGACAUGUCUGUUAGGGAGGCACUCAAGAUGAAAACUACUUCAACUAAAAGCCAACCACUUGAACAAGCAUUCCCGACUUUGCUUUCCUUUGCUAUCCUCACCCUACACACCAUCACAAGUAGACUUCAGUCUGUUGAUCUGCUUCCUCCAGAACCAGAGGAGUGUGUUAAUUGCACAGAUGAAUGCCGAGUGCUUGGUCAUUCUGAUAGGUGUUGGAUGCCACAGUUCCCUGCAGCCAAUCAGGCUGAAAAUGCAGAUUACCGCACAAAUCUCUUUGUACCCACAGUCGAAGCUAAUAUUGAGACUGAGACUUAUGAAACUGUGAAUCCCACUGGGAAAAAGACUUUUUGUACAUUUGGAAAAGACAAGCGAGAGCACACUAUUCUCAUUGCCAAUGUUAAACCUUAUUUAAAAGCCAAACGUGCCCUGAGCCCUCUCCUCCAGGAGGUCCCUUCUGCAUCCAGCAGCCCCACCAAGGCAUGCAUUGAGCCUUGCACCUCAACGAAAGGCUCUCUGGAUGGCUGUGAAGCAAAAGCUGGGGCCCUGGCCGAAGCAAGCAGCCAAUACUUGCCCACUGACAGUCAGUAUCUGUCACCCAGCAAGCAACCGAGAGACCCGCCCUUCAUGGCAUCAGAUCAGAUGGCCAGGGUCUUCGCAGAUGUGCAUUCCAGAGGCAGCCGGGAUUCCAGCGAGAUGGGCGCUGUUCUGGAGCAGCUGGAGCACCCCAGCAGGGAUCUGGGCCGAGAAUCUGUGGAUGCCGAGGAGGUCGUGAGAGAAAUUGACAAGCUGUUGCAGGACUGCCGGGGAAACGACCCUGUGGCUGUGAGAAAGUAAAAAAAAAAAAAAAAAAAAAAAAAAAAGCAUUGGCAUUUUCUUGUCUCUUCUGUUGAUUUAAAAACGAUCCCUUCUGGUGAGAACUCAUUUUACAGGGAUGAAGAAAGACCAAUGCUGCUUUAAGGCUUUUAGUGAACAUCUGAAGUGCCCACAAGUAUGUUCUUUUCACUGCUGUUUCUUUUUCAGAGAUAACAAUGGUUUUAUUAUGACCAAACAGAGAUCAGGACAGAAUUAAGGAAGCUCAAAGAGAAAAAGAGAAAAGUGAGAAAAGAAAGAGGAGAGAAGAAAAAAGGAGGAUGAGGAGGCGAGUUACCUUGUGACAAUCUGAUAGGAAGGUAUACAGUAUGAGAACGGAAGCGUUUCCGAAUGCCCCCAAGACUGUCCUCGGUGAUUUAUGCUGACUUAACUGUUUACCUAUAAACCCCAUACAAAGCAGGGUCAGAAUUUGUCAUCUGUGGUGGAUUUCUAGCUGACAUCACAGGCUUCUACUGAAAAAUCCUGAAAGACCUUGCAGUAGUCCAAGCUACACCAAACAUUAACAUAUAUUUGUGGUAAACAUUUCUGUAUAAAGUUACCUGCCACACACACAUAUAAACACAAAGAACAUUCCAUAUCAUUAGUCGGGAAAAAAGAAUUUUUAAAAACUUGGUCAUUUGUAAGACACCUCAUGUCGUAUAAAAGUUAAAUGUAAAAAAAAAUAUAGUCCAUUUUGUCCUGCACACACAUAGACUGAUUCAUAUCAUUAAAGGAGAAGAAAUUUUAAAGGUUUAAAAUGCCUCUUCAGCAUUUUAGUGUCCAACAAACAUAUAAUAAUGGGUAGGCAUUAAAUUUGACCUAGACAAGUUCUGAAAAUAGCAGUUACAAUUGAGUGAUGAUUAUGCAGAGAAAAUUAACAAGAUUAAUAUAUUGUAUUCAUUUGUGGACACUAAAAUAGCUCAGGAAAGUAAAAUGUCUUAGACAUAUACAAAUCACAUGACCAUUUAAAUGUGCAAAUGUAAGAAGAUUCAAUGUGUUUACAUCAAAUGACAUAUUUUUAUUGAUUUAUUGCAGAUUCAGUGCAUAUGAGCCAAAUUGUUGAGUGUAUAAGAGCUAUAUUGUGUAUUUUAUUAAAUUAAUAUAUAGUUGUGUUGCAAAAAUAUUUGGGCUUAUAUUGUAAAUGGCAAGUGUUGCCUCGGUAGCUGUCGAACUCUAUGAGUUUUGUUUUUUCCUGCUUCCUUUUCCCCAUGGAGUGUGGGAAGCAGUGCCUCAGAGCAAAGUCUCUUGUUUAAUGUAUAGUCUACCAAGUACUACAGUACAUAAUCUGUUCAAAAUGUGUUUGAGUGAGCUGAUGGAGCUAACUGAAAGGUCAAAAAAUACAUCCGUCAGUCAUGGUUAUGUGCAAGUCCUUGUAGAAGCUUUUAUUAAAGUCAUGCUAAAUCACAAAAAAUCACAUUUGUACCAAUACCUAAAACGUCACAUUUUUUCAAUAACAUGCAAUUUUGCCUGUGUAGAUAUCAUGCUGUUGAUUGGUUCUCAAAAGUAUCUUAAGUGGUUCAAGAUGUGUAUUCCCAUUAGAUUUCAAAACCAUGAAAAAUGCUUUAAUGCAUGUGUGGUACCAGCACUGGUUACUUGCAUUGUGUCGUGUUUUUAAGAGGUCUGGGUAUUAACAAAAUGUUUUUCCGUUUUCUCAAUAUCUUCUGCCUCUUUCACUUCGUGUUCUUUGAGAACAAUGCACCUUCUAUUCCUUCAUUUAGUUGCACCUUUUCUUGUGACAUUUAGCGGGUUUCAAACUUACUUCCAUCUGAAGCUAGGAAACCUCAAAUUUCAGGAAUUGGGAAAAAUAAAAUUAGCACUUGCAGAAGUAGCAGCAGAUGGGAAAAUGCCUUGAUUGACAUUUUCCUUCAGCGUUUAAAUUUUUUGGCAUUUUACAGUUUCAUGACAAAUAGUUUCCAGCCCAUACCUUAGAAAAUGUGGUGCUGAGUUAAAUAAAGGCUGUUUGUGCACUGGAGCAGAAAAAUGCAUUAUUUGCAAACUGGUGGAGAAUUCUGUGCCUUCUUUUCCGGCCACCAAGCCAGUGUAGAAACAGCAUAAAUGUCAUAAAAUCCUUAUAUUAAAAAUACAAACAAAAGCAAACACAUAUUAAACUGAAUUAUGCUUUGGAAAUUUAAACUUCCAAAAAUUCUAUUGAAAGUAUUUCUGUCAAAUGUUAAAGUUUUUGAUUGUACCUCGUUUGCAAAAUUGCUUUCAAAGGGAAAGUGGACAACUCGCAUCAGCCUUAUCCUCUUGAGAACUCUAUUUGGUUCCUAGUAACAGCCUUCCCAAAGCUCUACUCUUGGUUUUUAUUAUCCGUAAAUGUUUAAAUUGGAAAAGGACGGAGCUUGUACAUGUGAAACCUAAUUGACUAUAUUUUGGACAAUUUAUGUAUCUGAAAUGUGUCGUCUUUGUUAGAUGAUGUUAUUUUUUAUUUUUAUUUUUUAUUUUUGGCCAGGAGACUACAGGUUGACUUAGCUUGAUAGCGAAACUUUGAUUGAUUCUGAUUUCCAUUUAGUCUUAUCAAGUGUUGCCUCUCUCUUCCUAGAUGGAUAGCCAAUUGGUCAACUCUAAGGCAGUAUAUAAAUGAAAUCCACAAAGAGAGUAGGUUUUAUUUUUAAAACAGUCUUAAUGCUGAGUAACCAGUUGUCCAAUUUAUUAUAUGUGUCUGGAGACAUUUAAAACAUUGUAAGAUUUAAAGAAUUGGUUGUGCCAAGGUGUAAGGGAUUUACCGUUAGGUUCUGUGUCAUCAGUGAUUAACUAGAGUUAGCUGUUUAACACAUUACCUGUAUUUAGUAGUGACUAUUUAUUUACAAGUUGGUGGUAGUUCAGCAACCAAGACUCUAAGCUUUUAUAGUUGAGUUGAGGGAAUUUCACUUUUAUUCAUUUGGCUGGCAACUGCCUUUUGUCACAGACCUCUGGUGCUUGGCUUCCAAGGAAGUCUCUGAGAUGCCAAAAUCAGCCCCUCUGGGGAGCAACUUGCACUAAAGGGUAAUGCAUGACCGAACAGUGAUAUUUCGAGGGGGUUCAGCAUAAUUCAGAAUGUGAAAUUUUUUUCUUAGUUCACACCUUCUAAAUAAUAAUCCCUAAAAAUUCCACACAUUUGAAAUAAAUAAUUUGAUAAAUAUUUUGUCUUUUAGGUCCUUAUGUAACUGAAGUCAAGCACAGAAAAUUUAUAGACGUUUUAUUAAGAAAGUCAUGGUUCUAAAAAUUGUUUACUGAUGAAAUAAAAUAUUGAUAAUGAAACAAUUUUUUUAUUAUUAAUGAUGAAAGAUCUUUUGAUCAAAAAUAAAAGUAGUAAGAAUCAGUGUUAGUUGUACCUAUACCAAAGUAAACAUUAAAGAGGCUUAUCAUGCAAUUCCAAGAGUACUUUCAUAUUAUUUCUUCAGCUGACUUACUUAUCCUUCUGGCAAGCAAUAUAUAGAGAUUGGCUCACUACUCCAUAAAUUAAUUCAAUUUCUGGUUAGGAAAUCGCCUUGUUUUGCUUUCCCAAAUUAGCUGAGAUCUUGUAAAACAUGACUUCCCUUUAAAGGAUCUAGGCACAGCUUGAUUUAAAAACUGACGCCAUAAAAAAAAAGUCAUGUAGUAAUAGAGCAGUAUGCUUUAUUAGAACCAGGUUAAAGCUGUUUGUUGCCUAAUGGAGUAGAAGUUGCUGAGGUCAAUAAGUAGACUGAGGUCUGGCAUAGUAUAUGCCCACUCAUUAUUGUCUAAUUAUAUUCUUUUGACAACAGACAGCAUUUACCAGAGCAUUAAAUCAAAUGAGAGUUUUGGCUAUCAAGAUGUGUUGAUUGAAAACAUAAUUGAAUGAGACCUGAUUAAAGUCUGAUUUUCCUGGUCCCAGUGUUUUGCAGGUUGGCUAUUCCCAUUUAUCAGCCUCAUGACUCCAUAAGGUUCUUAGCUGCACCAAGUGAUUGGUGAACAAGGACAACAACAAAAGCAGCAUACAUUGUAUGGAUUUAUCUCAAUGCUAUUGUUUAAUGGCUGUGUUUAAUGUGACCUAUCUGGAAAAUGAGGACUCCGAAUAAAAAACUAUUACUAAUA